AUGGGCCUUCUAGAUGACACGCCCUUACAAAAGCUCGUUGUGCCAGGCGUCACAUCCCUGGUGGCAUUUCUGGCGUUCACAUCACAAUGGCUCUUCUACCACAUUGAGCCCGGACCAUUACGGAAAGGCGACUCAUACCUGUUCAACGCGUCCGUGAUAUCGCUGUUGAUCUGCUACUGGAGAACAUGCUUUACCGACCCUGGGCGGAUACCUAAAGACUGGCACGAAAUGACCAUUGACAUUGACUCCAAUUCCGCGCAAGACGCCAGCAAGACAGCUGCACAGAGCAACAAAUGGUGUAGGAGAUGCGAGACAUUCAAGCCGCCCAGAGCACAUCAUUGCAAGACUUGCAAGCGGUGUGUCACGAAAAUGGACCAUCAUUGCGUGUGGACAGCAAACUGCGUUUCACACAUUACCAUUCCUCACUUCAUACGCUUUCUCUUUUACGCCGAUGUUUCUAUGGCGUUCCUACAAUACUUCUUGUUUCAGAGAGUGGCAGUUCUCUGGGAGAAGAGGCACCUUCCAAGCUACCUGGGUCCUUCGGUGCUGCAGCUAGCGCACCUGUUCAUUCUGUGCGCGACCAAUUCGAUGGUGCUUUUCGCACUUGUUCUGCUUCUCGGACGAACUCUCUGGUCACUAGCUGUCAACACGUGGACGAUUGAGGGAUGGGAGAUCGAGCGACAUCAUACGCUACUGCGGCGCGCGAAAGUCCUCGGCGGCUACCUCGAAGGCCCGGAUGGAAGGAAAGUGCGCAUCGAUCACCAGGAAUUUCCAUGGGACGUUGGCAUCUGGUCCAACAUCUGCCAAGGCAUGGGCAGCAGAAAUCCUUUGAGCUGGUUCUGGCCAUUCUCACGAAGUCCAAGCAUCGAGAGUGGAUUGAGCUUUGAGCACAAUGAAAUAGAUGAUCCAAGCAAGCCAUGGCCGCCACCAGAUCCAGACAGGCUUUUCCGAGCAGAGAGGAAGCCACUAGUAGGUGACGGAUUCACCAAGGCAUGGGAUGUCGAUGCGUUCAAGCAACGGCAAGCUGCUGACUUGACGCGCUAUACCGACGCGGACGGCGAGUUCGUGCUGCGCAGACGACCGUUCCACGAGCGUCUAGAGAAAGCCACUCGCCAAAAGGCAAAUCAGUCCUACCAAGACGAGAAUGCGCUUGAGACAGAUGAUGGAUCGGAUGUGGAAGAGGUACCUCGUGGACGCUCACAUUCAGAUGCGGGCGAAGAGGCAUGGCGAAACCAAGAGGGAGAGCGUUUGGCUGACUUUGGAGUUGAUGAGGUUGCGGACUUUUACGAUGAGGACGACGUGCCUCUAGGAGAAUUGGUCCGAAGAAGACAGGAAGGCGAAUGGCGACUUUGAUGGCAUCUGGAUACAUCGACCGCAGAAGUUCUUCAACAUCGUUUUCUCUAUUCUAUAGGCGAUUCUCACAGAGAUGCAUCUUG